UUGUUUAAGAAAGUCGAUAAACAAAUCCGUGAUCUAGCCAUAGCAGUUCUGCUAUAAGUCACUUUAUCGACUUGUUUUAAUUGAUUGUGACCUCUUCGUUUAUUCAAUGUAAUUGUUGAGACGUGCGUUCAAUGUUUCCAAGCCAAACCAGCAGACAGUUUGAGAUGCAGAAGGCGACUUUUAAUGGGAAACUGUAAGGAAAGCUAAACAUCAUCAUGCUUCUUCAGCAUCUUCUCAUCUUGGCAUCAUGUAGCAUCGUGGAGUCAAAGAGGAGGAAUGUGCUUCUAAUAAUUGCUGAUGAUGCAGGUUUUGAGACGGAGGUGUAUAACAACACCGUGGUCCACACCCCUCACCUGCGCUCUCUGGCCCAGCGCAGCCUGGUGUUCAGCAACGCCUUCACCUCCGUCAGCAGCUGCUCCCCCAGCCGCUCCACCAUCCUCACUGGCCUGCCACAGCACCAGAAUGGCAUGUACGGGCUUCACCAGGGUGUUCACCACUUCAACUCGUUUGAUGGAGUACAAAGUCUGCCACUGCUCCUCAGCCAGGCCAACGUACACACCGGGAUAAUUGGAAAGAAGCACGUCGGCCCUGGAUCCGUAUAUCCUUUCGAUUUUGCCUACACUGAGGAGAACAACUCUGUUCUCCAGGUGGGGAGGAACAUCACCCGCAUCAAGCUCCUGGUCCGAAAGUUUUUCCAGACCCAUAAAGAGGAAGCCUUUGAAAGACGCCAAAUGAGAGAGGAUAAUUCCGACAAUUUAAAAGAUGAUCAGAGGCCGUUUUUCCUCUAUGUUGCCUUUCAUGACACCCACCGAUGUGGACACUCACAGCCGCAGUAUGGACCUUUCUGUGAGAAGUUUGGGAAUGGUGAAAUGGGGAUGGGAAGAAUUCCUGACUGGACACCGGAAUAUUACACACCAGAGCAAGUGAAGGUUCCUCCUUUUGUGCCGGACACACCUGUGGCGCGAGCGGACCUGGCUGCGCAGUACACCACGGUCAGCAGGCUGGACCAAGGUAUCGGUUUAGUUCUCCAGGAGCUCAGGGACGCUGGUUAUGAGAACGACACUCUGGUCAUCUACAGCUCAGAUAACGGCAUCCCCUUCCCCAACGGCAGGACAAACCUGUACCGCUCCGGCACCGCAGAGCCCAUGCUGGUGUCCUCUCCAGAGCACAGGGAGCGCUGGGGAGACACUAGCCAGGCUUACGUCAGCUUGCUGGACAUCACCCCCACCGUUCUGGACUGGCUCUCUGUUCCCUACCCAUCCUACAAACUCCCCGGUGACCCCUCCACCCCGGUGCACCUCACGGGUCGCUCUUUACUUCCUGCGCUGGUCACGGAGCCCAGCAGCUGGCACACCAUCUACGCUAGCCAGUCCCUGCACGAGGUCACCAUGUACUACCCUAUCCGCUCUGUCCACCAGGGGGGGUACCACCUUCUCCACAACCUGCACUACCGCAUGCCCUUCCCCAUCGACCAGGACUUCUACGUGUCCCCCACCUUCCAGGACCUGCUGAACCACACCAGGCUGAGCGAGCCCACACACUGGUUCAAGAGCCUGCAGGAGUAUUACUACAGAGAGCGCUGGGAGCUGUUCGACUCCAGGACAGACCCCCUGGAAACGAGGAACCUAGCAUCAGAGCCAGCUUACAGCGGCGUGCUGGAGAACCUGAGGCAGAGUCUGCAGAAGUGGCAGUGGCAGACAGGCGACCCCUGGGUCUGCGGGCCAGACUAUGUUCUGGAAGACAAACUAGAGCCGCACUGCAGACCUCUUUACAAUGGACUCUGAUGGACUCUAAUGGUACUUUAACUCAUGGUGAUUGACAUGAUGUCCGCCUACAUGAACACAUUUGUCUUAAUAAAUCUCUAGUUUUAUUUUUCUAUGCAAGUGCUGCUUUUAAUGGUAAAUAAAAAUAAGACGAGACCCAAAACUCAAAUUGACUUAUUUCAUGAUAUUAUUUGUAUAUAGGAUCUUAAUGUAAGCAUAUAAUUUCAUCAUACCUUCUUAUCUAUCUCUAUACAUUUAGUGGUUCAUCCAGACCCCUCUCAUAACCUGGUUACAUAUAAAGCAACAUUUUUACCUGUUUUUGUUAUUAUUAAAUUGGACAAUAGUAGAUGCAUCUUAGUUUUAAGUCUCCAUCAUUGUUGUUGUGCUACUGAUCUGCUGAUACAGGCAGUGGAACUCAUGACGCAUGACCAGUGAGGUUGGCAAAUCAAUGGGGAAAAGGGUUUGUAUUGAUUCCUCAGAGCUUCUACUUUGAAGUAAGACUGAGUCUCAAACCAUCCGUGUAGAAAGCGUUUGGAACAGAAGUACAAUUUGGAUUAGUCGAUUAUUCACUUGUAUUUAUUGAUUGCUUUUUUAAGAAUAUCUACAUUUGUCCAUUUGAGGCCUUUUGAAGCCACUGAUUCUGCCUGGCUGUGCACCUUUUUAUCACAUGCAGUGAGUAAGCAAGCACUGAUGCAGUUAAAUCACCUGUAUGCACUUUGUGUGGGAUUUUACAGAUACAUUACAGCGAAAAAUGUUAACACCUUCUGUCUGAAAUAAAAGUAAAGUCAUGA